AUGAAAGAAAAAAACAAGAGCUUGGAAAAUGAAAAGAAGGAAAGCAUCAUAAAACAUGGUGGCGGAAGAAUGCAUCUGAAGGGUGAUAAUCGUGCAAGCGGUAACAGAUUUCGACUCAUGAUUCGCCUAACAAUUUCAUCGAAGCAUUUCCUAUACGAUAUUCCUUGUCUCGAUGAAAAAGCAUCUGAAUGGCGAGAAGCAAUAAAAUCAUGA